UCUGGAUUUAUACUCAAUUUUUGCUUUACCCACGGUGUUUUGUUUAAAUUUGUUUUAACAACAUCAAGAACUAUUGCAAAAUGACCACUAUAGACGAUGUUACAAAAUCACUUGCAAAAGCUACAGUUAGUCCUAAAUUUGAAUUGAGUUUCAAAGGAAAAGGAUUAAAAUUGAACACAGCUGCUGAUGCAAAAGAAAUUGUACAAGCCAUUAAAAAAUGUGAUCAUCUAACUGCAUUGCGUUUGGAAGGAAACACUGUGGGUGUGGAUGCUGCUGAAGAAAUUGCAAAAGCUCUUGGGCAUCAUCCAGAAUUUGAGAGGGCACAUUGGAGUGAUAUGUUUACAGGGCGAUUGAAAACAGAAAUACCAAUUGCUUUAAAACAUUUAGGGGCAGCCAUUAUAGGUGCCAAGUGCAGAUUGGUUGAAAUUGAUUUGAGUGACAAUGCCUUUGGUCCAAAUGGUGUAGUAGGCUUGAUUGAUCUUCUUAAAAGUGAAAGUUGUUAUAGUCUGCAGGAACUGAGACUCAAUAACAAUGGUCUCGGCAUUGGUGGAGGCAAGAUGUUAGCAGACUGUCUUACAGAGUGUCACAAAAGUAGUGUUGCUGCGGGUCAGCCACUGUCAUUGAAAAUUUUCAUAUCAGGAAGAAAUCGUCUUGAGAAUGAGGGGGCAACAGCUUUGGCAGCAGCCUUUAAGGCAAUAGGUACCCUUGAGUUUCUGGCAAUGCCUCAGAAUGGAAUUAAUCAUCCUGGUAUCUCAGCUCUUGCUGAUGCCAUUGCAGCCAAUCCCAAGUUGAAACAUUUGAAUCUCAAUGACAACACAUUCACUGCUAAAGGAGCAGAAGCGAUAGCAAAGGCAUUACCAAAAGUUGAAAAUUUAGAGGUGAUCAAUUUUGGUGACUGUUUAAUCAGAACAGAAGGUGCAAAGGCUAUUGCUGAUGUGCUAAGAAAUUCUCACAAAAACCUAAAGGAAUUGAUAUUGAGUGGAAAUGAAAUCAACAAAACUGGUGCUAUUGAUAUUAUUGAAAGUUUGGAGACAAAGGAAUUUCUUGAGAAAUUAGAUUUAGAUGCCAAUAACUUUGGAGAGGAAGGAUGUGAAGAUAUUAAAUGUAUGGUUGAGUCAUUGGGCUUUAAGGAUGUCUUGGGCUCACUAAGUGGUGAUGAAGGUUCUGACGAUGAAGAAGAUGGUGAAGAUGAAAAUGAAGAGGAUGAAGAAGAAGAACCUGAAGAAGAUGAAGAAGGUGACAUUAGUACAGAUGUGAAACUUCAAGUGAAAGGAACAGCAAUCACACCAAGUAAACCUCAGAUCACUGCCAAAGAUUUUCUAGCCUUCCCUUCACCUACAAAACUUCUUCAACUUGGUAACAGUGGAGCAGAUUCUCUUUUACAAGAACUAGGGACCAAUGCCAAAGAGGCAGAGAAAGUGGCAGAAAUGUUUACAAAAGUCUCAGUUGUUGUCUCUAAAGAGGAUGAAGCUAAAGCCAAAGCUUGUGAAUUAGCUGAUAAGCUGCUUCAGAAUUUGUUGAAUCAAGAUCCAAAUGCUGGGGUGAAAGUGGCUAAUGCUAUUCUUGUAUGUCUUGGCUUGUUAAAGGGAGAAGACAAAAAAUACAAGCCCCCAGCUAAAAUUGAUGGAGCUUUAUUGGUAUUAGACCAUGUGGUCAGACAAUCUUACUUCCCAAAGCUUGCUAGAGACAUAAUUCAGAUUUUUGUCAGCAAGCCACACCCUACAUUGGAUAAAAUACCUGAAAUCAGACACAAGUUGCUGCAGACAUUGUAUGCAUUUUAAAUAAGGAUUAAAUUGGAAAAAAAACAUUUUAACAUAGAAAUAAAUGUAUGAAAAAAUCUUGAAUUUGCUAGAAUUUUGUUUUAUACAUUUGUUAAAUACAAGUCAAAAUCUAUUUGAAAGUGUUUUUUUUUACUUUGCAUCAAGCUUUUCAAAAGCAGUCAUCUUAUAUUUGUACUUGUUGCUGCUACAUUUGCUGGUAUUGUUGGAUGUAUAUACUUAUAGUUAAACAAUUUUGGUUGUACUUUAAUUUUCAUUUUACUCACCUCAUUCUUUGUAUUAUUUAGAAUAAAAAAUGCUAGGUAUAAUGCCAGUAAAAUAUUUUGAACAAAAACACUAUGUCACAAUCUUGUUUAGAGAGUUUGUUGUUCACGCUAUUUUUUACUUCUUUGUCUUACAUCUGAAAGUUCUGAUGUUUCUCUCUAUAAAUACACAGAAGAAAGUGUAGAACACAGUUUUUCUUGAGUUAAAUUUCAAUACAAAAAUUAUUCCUUCCAUGAAUAAAAUUCACAAAAAAAGCAAAAAUUAUUUGUACAGAUCAUAUGAAUAGUAUAAUUGCUUGAAUGACAAAUAAUAUUAUUAUUGCGUAAAGCAAAAUUAAUAAUUGCUGAACAAGAGACUAAUGACCAAAAACCAUGUCUCUCAAGACUUCUAGACAGUUACAUAUUUGUUUUCCUCCAACCUUUUUGUGUCCCCUUCUUACUUAUUAGCAUAUUUUUCUUUAAGGACUUACAGCAGAAGAAUAUGAUCCUCUACAUGCACACAAAUCUUUGACCCACAUUACCAACCCAUCUCUUUCUAACUUGUGCAUUAGAGUGUGACACACUUCAAGGAUUUUUUAUAUUUUUUUUUUACAACUGAUAGAAUGGUGUAAACGUUUGUUUCAAGCUAUAUGUAUAUUAAAAAAACAAACUAAAGUGAAGACAAUAUGAUCUUUUAUUUAAAACAACACAGCAAAUCAUCAACAGUAUAGUAUAUAUAAACUAACAAUUCACAUAAGGAAGGCAAUAUAGCAUAUACCUGUAAUUCAUAAAUGGCCUACAAAAUGAUACAAAGUGAGUUUAGCUUGUGAAUUGAGUAAUAAAUACCAAAAUACCAGUACAUAUACAUAUAAAUCAUUUCUAACACCAAUGAUCAGGUAGUCUGUUAUUUUUACUAACAUUUUUUAAAGGUUGUGUUUGAAACCUGUAUCAUCCCCUCCCUUUCCCAGAUUAACAUUUUAGAAUCAAUGUAAAUCAGUAUUUUCCAAUUUUAAAGUUUUUGAUGUGAGAAAAAUUUGGCCAUGUUGGUGUUUGUAGAA